UUGCCUUCUUUGCCUUUGUAUUUUAUUUUAUUUUAUUUUUUUUUUUUGUGGCGCACCAACACUCGCGACUUAUUCAUCCACUCCCCGAACACGCCCACACACACGAAUACACACACACACACACACACACACGUAGACAUAAAUGCAAGGAAAUUGCCCAGCUGUUGACAGAACUGAGAAACUGAUUGAUUUUUCGCAAUUGAAACUGGACCAAAAAGCACGUUACAAUUGCAAUUGGAAAAGGGAAAAGGAAAGGGAAAGGGAAAGGCAAGUGUGGUCAAGUGAACGAGGCAACUGCACUGGCCAGGCACCCAUAUGGACAUGAAUGCCACGCUGGCCGAAGGUCAGCCCAAGUCAGCCAGCUGCGACAAUAAGCAACAAACAACAGCAACAACAGCAACAACAACAUCAACACCAGAAGCAGCUGUCGCUUGUAACGAAAAUGAACGACGGCAGAGUCAAGCGUAUUCAGAUGCAGAUCCGGAUGCAGAUGCAGAUGCAGAUGCAGAUGCAGAUGGAGAUGGAGAUGUGGAUGUCGAAGAUGAAGCGCAGCCAUUGAGCCAACGCUGGUCGCCAUUGGGCGCCAAUUAUGAUGAUGCGAAUAGUGUCAGCUCGGAGCUGCUAACAACAUCCGGAGACGGUGAGCUGGAGCCAACGAUGCAUAAUAGCCUGCAGCUGGAGAAACAGUCGCAGCAGGCGGCUGGCAUGGAUAAUGCCAAUGAAUUGGCGCGUCUGCGCACCAUUGAGGAGGAGCAAGAACUGCUGACCAGCUCACUGCUGGCGUUGACCUCACAGUUUGCACACGUCCAGCUGCGUGUCCGGCAGAUUGUCGAGGCGCCCACGGAUGAGCGGGAUCAAUUGUUGCGUGAUCUCGAGGAUUUUGCCUUUCAGGGCAUACCCGAGGUGACCCAGACGGAUGGACAAGACAACGACCCUGAUGGCGACAGGCAAUUGCAGGCACCACCCGAUGGACAGCUAAUCGAGCAGCUAAAAUUACAGCUAACCGAGCUGGAGCAGCUGGCAUAUGAUUCAGGUGCGCCAGGCAUCUUGCCACAGCAUGUGCUGCUCGAGAAGCAAAAGUUCAUACUGGACGAGCUGCGCACUAAGCUCAAUCUGCAAGUGGAACAGCAUCAAUUGCCAACAUUGAGCACCGAUCAGCUGCGCCAUCAGGUGGAUAAUGCAAUUGGUGAGUUUGUUGGUCCGCUCAAAAUGAAGGAGCAGCUGGUGGCCCAAUUGAAAACUCAAAUCACCGAUCUGGAGCGCUUCAUUGCAUUUCUGCAGUGCGACACCGCUGGCGGUGGCACCAGCAACGGUGGCAGCGGUGCCACCACCAGCGCCAGCGAGAAACUAAAGCUACUCAGCGGUGCCUACAACAGCUAUGCGGCCAAGCAAACGGCUCGGCAAAUGCCUGCCCAGAUGCCGCUUAUGAUGUCAACCACAAGCACAACAACCACUGCAACGGCAACGGCAACGGCAACAGCAACAACAACGGCAACAGCAACAGCAGCAGCAGCAUGCAACAACAGCAUAGCUGCAGGAGUCGGUACAUCCACGGAGCGUGCACCACAACGCGAAAGUCUGCACAGCAAGGCGCACGGAUUGCUCGACAAGGCAUCGCUCCUAAUGCAAAUGUUUGCCACGACGCACUUUGCCAAGCGGCAAGCGGACUUCCAACAAAACACGCUGAAGAAGACGCACAAGGGCAACCACUGGGGGGAUCUGCGCGCACAGCUGGAGGUGGACAUCCAGGAGGUGGCUGCAUUGGCGGCCACAUUAAGCUGCGAUCGCGAAAAGCUGGCGAACAUAAAGCGUGCACUGCGUCAACAAAAGCUGCAACAGCAGCAGCAGCAGGCGAAUGCAGCCAGUUGCCAGUGGCUGCCCAGUGGCUCAGUUGAUGCAAAGAACGGGGCAUUAACCACAUUGCCGCCACGUUGCAGGCGUGCGGUUGCCGCUGUUGUCGGACAUGAGCUGACGCCAUAUGCCGCUGGGGCAGCAUCGGGCUCAUCCGACUCGGAUGACGAGAUGUACGAGCGUUAUGAUUGGGACAAGGACAAAGACAAGAAGGACAAGUCGCUGGGACGUCGCAUUGUUCAUAUGCGCGGUGAUUCCAUUGCCACCAUUGGACGCGAGCUGACCAGUGUGGUGCGUAAGAAUUUUGCUCGCACUCUGCAACAGCUGAUGCAGCACGGACUGCGCAUCCCAACCGAGUCGGCUGCCUCCAGUUUGAUGGUGCCAUUCAUGCGUUGCCUGCAUCCGGGCGCACAGCGGAUGACGGCAACGGGUGCUGGUCCGGCACCAGAAAUGCAAUUCCUUGGCAUUGGUCGCGCCAUGCACGCCUGGGAGCUAAUACUUGAAUACUAUAAUCUGAAGAAUGGUGAGGAAUAUAACAAUACGCCGGCCAGGAAACUGUCGCAAAGCUUCCAGCUAGAUAUUGUCGAUGCGCAUGCGGUGACAGCCAAGCAGAGCCUCCUCAGCGCCAUCGGCAUGAUUUUGGCAAUGCAUCUACCCUACAAGCGCAGCUACAAUGCCCACUUCAAGGCACUAAUCUGUGCAGGACUCAAUGCACAUCUUCUAGUGGAGUGGCUCAAUCUAAUACUCAGCUGCAAUGAGCUUAUUGACACAUACUACUCGUCCAACAGCUAUGUUGCAUGCACCGGCUUCCGUGACUCCUUGCGAUCCAUUGAUACACUGUCAAAAUUUGACUUCGAUCUACCCGUGGAUUUGGCCAUACGCCAUUUUCGCAAUAUUUAA